CCCACAGGGCCGUCCUGGGUGAGAGGGGAGUGUUGAGUGACCCCCCCUCCUCUCCGCCACAACUGCUGAAAGCCACCAGGAUCCCAUUGAACACCAUUAGGAUCCCAGACACCGUCUGGAGCAACACCCCAGGGAUCCAGACAGACACCACCACUGGGACCCCCCCCCCCCCAAGGAACCAUGGACACUGUGACCCCCCAGGAGCCCACUCAGUCCCCCCCAGGUACCACCGUCCCCCCCCCGACCCGCUGGGGCAUCUGUUCAGCUGGCAAAAUCAGCCACGACUUCCUGGUGGCCCUGCGCACGCUGCCCGCCGAGGAGCACCUGGCCGUGGCUAUAGCAGCACGAGAGUUGUCCCGUGCCCAGAAGUACGCACAGCUGCAUGGGGUGCCACGUGCCUAUGGGAGCUACGAGGAGCUGGCAAGAGACCCCCAAGUGGACGUGGUUUACGUGGGCACCGUGAACCCGCAGCACCUGCCAGACACCCUCCUCUUCCUGCGGGCACACAAGGCUGUGCUGGUGGAGAAGCCAAUGGGCAUCAGCGCCCGCGAGGCCAAGGAGAUGGCAGCAGCUGCACGGGAGGCGGGCGUCUUCCUGAUGGAGGGCUUCUGGACCCGCUUCUUCCCAGCCUGGAAGCGGCUGAAGGCACUGGUGGAUGAAGGGGCCUUGGGGGAAUGCCGGGUGCUGCAGGGGGCCCUGGCUUUCCCCCUGAGGUCCGUGGAACGGGUGCGAGAACCCAGCUUGGCUGGGGGAGCCCUCCUGGACCUGGGGGGCUACGGGCUGCAGAUGGCCAGCGCCUUGUUGGGGAGGGGGCGCCCACCCCUACGGCUACGGGCAGAGGGCUGCCUGCACCCCUCGGGGGUGGACGAGACGGUGACGGUGACGCUGCAGUAUGAAGGGGGGAAGCAGGCAGCACUGACCGUGUCCAUGGAUGCAGAGAUGCCGGGGGGGGCCGUGCUGGGGGAACCCACGGCUGGGUGGAG